GCACCAUAUGUGUGUGCCUGUAUGCCUCGCGACCUCGCCGCCGCAGCCGUUGGCGCGAUGGCCGCCGCCAUCGGUCUCGCCCUCCUUACCUGGCGCCGUCGCCUCCGGCCUACGAGGCUAGCGCUUCGCCUCAAAGAUGGGCGCUCCAUCGGCGGCUGUGCCACCGGCGGCGUUGCCCGCUUUCUCGGCGUCCCGUUCGCCGCGCCGCCAGUCGGAGCGGACCGGUGGCGGCCGCCGAAGCCGCUCCCGCCCGCCGCCGCAGAUGAGGUGCAGAGCGCGCAGAGCUGGGCACCGCUUUGGCGCGCGCCGCAGCCAGACCUCGGCUGGAAUAAGCGUGGCACAGCCUUCGGCGUGCGGGUGGCAGAUUCGGAGGCUGGCUGCCUGCAGCUGAAUGUGUGGACGCCGGAGGCGCUGAUCGGUGGAGGUGAAGCGCUCCGGCCGGUACUCUUCUACAUUCACGGCGGCGCCGGCAAGCUGAUGAGCGCGCACGACGACGACUACAGCGGCCACCAGCUGGCAGCGAGGCACGGCCUCGUCUACGUGGCGGCGCAGUACCGCUUGGGCGCGCUCGGCUUCAUGGCGCACCCCGCACUCUCCGCCGAGGACGACGAGGGCGGCGAGCGCGGCAGCGGAAACUAUGCGGUGCUCGACCUGGUCGCGGCGCUGCGGUGGGUGCAGGCGCACGGCGCGUCCUUUGGCGGCGACCCGGCCAACGUCACCAUCUGGGGCCUCAGCACCGGCGCGCAGCUUGUUGCGACGCUGCUCGUGUCGCCGCUCGCUGAAGAGCUCUUUCACCGGGCGAUGAUCCAGUCGUGCGUCGACCUCACCAACGUGCGCGAGCUGCGCGGGCGGCACGAAGUGUGGCAGCACAAGACGGCGGAGGAGUGGGGCCGCGCGCUGGCAGCUGCGCUGGGCUGCGCGAGCGACGACGCGGCGGAGGAGCUGCGGCGGUGCCGCUCGCUGCCCGCGAGCGCCAUCGUCGACAAGAGCUGGGACACGGCGGCCACCGACUGCUACGAGCCGGCCGUGGACCGGCGGGCGGGCCUCGGCGCCGCCAAGCCCCUCACGUCCGUGGAGGCGCUGUCGAGCGGCCGCUUCCACCGCGUUCCGGUGCUGCUCGGCGUGACGGCUGACGACGGGCUCGGCAAGGCGGAGCUCGAGUGGACGAUGUUCGACGACGUGGCGACAGUUGACGAGUACCGCCGCCUCCUCGAGCGGAAGCUCGGCGCGGCGCGGCUGGCGGAGGCGCUGCGGCUCUACCCGGCCGAAUCUGACAAUGACGUCGAGGUCGCGCUCGGGCGGCUGUCCGACGACUUGUGGUACGCCGUGGGCAGCUGGGCGAUGGCGGACUUGCUCGUGGACGCGCCGGCGGCGGCGCCGGUCUACGUGUACCGUGUGACGCAGACGGGUCACACGGAGCACGGGUCGGACACGCCGCUGUGGAACGGGUCCCGGUGGGGCGACGACGGCCGACCCGCUGGACCGGCGCCCGAUGCGGCGAUGGCAUUCCUCGCCAAUUUUGCGCUCUCCGGUGACCCAAACGGCGCGGGCCUGCCACGCUGGGAGGCGCACACACAGGAGGCGCCGCUCUACAUGCAGCUGGGCGAGGCCGUGGGGAUGCGCGGCCGCGAUGAGGCGGAGGCGGCGCGGUACGCGCUGCUGGGCGCGUGGAUACGGGAGGAAUUACGGGACGGGGGACCGGAGAGAGAGAGACUGAGUGAGUCUGCUGCAGCGAGGCGGAACUAG